GUUCAUCUCGAUCGGAUAGCAACUAAAUAGCAGGAUGAUAAUUGUACUUUUAUGUUUGGUGUCAUGGGUUGCUGGUGAGCCUCCAAUCGGUGAUGGUUACCAUGCACAUCGACAAUAUCUUCCGCCAGAUUUCUCUGAAGCACGAUCCAAAUCAUUCAAUGAGGCAAAUGAAAUAUCCCAUGAGUAUGGACCACCUAGCUUCCGUGGUAUAUCUCAACAAUACGGUACAACUUUCAACAGAUCACCGUCAUCAUUGUACGGAACACCAAAUACUAGAAAUAGUCCCAAAGAAUAUAACGCUGCUGCAGAAUUUUCCCAAGAAUACUCUAGAUCGGGAGUAUCUCAAACUUACGGUGAACCAAGACACUCCCAUUUAGAAACAUACAAUGCCCCCCAAAGAUCUUACAGUAUUCCAGAGUCUAGCCGACAUCCAGUUCAGAAGUAUGGUCUUCCAAGAUUUGGAAACCAAUCACCUGUUAAUCAUGGAAGUCAUUAUCAAAGUCCUAUGAUUGCUUCUUUAAGGAAUACAGUUUCACAAACUUAUGGUGCACCCAAGUCUUUGUCUACUGAAUACGGUGCACCAGGAAUUGCUGCUAGAGAUUCUUAUUCUGAAGGUUUAUCCCGUUCUUUGUCGAGUGUGUAUGGAGCUCCAACUGCAAGAUCUCCUUCAGGAGAAUAUGGAACCCCAGAAGCGAGGAGUAUUGAAAAAACUAAUACAAUAGCUUCGUCUUAUGCAGUAAGAUCUUCGCAAGAUGGCUACGAAGCUACACCCAGUGAUACAUCUGGUGGAUACAGUUACUCCAGAAGUGCUCUUGAGGAACUACUUAAUCAGGAGCCAGCAAAUUACGAGUUUGGAUACAAAGUGAGCGACUACAGCAGUGGCAGUGACUUCGGCCAUGUGGAGACACGACAAGCGGAAAGGGCAGAGGGCUCGUAUUUCGUGGUGCUUCCGGAUGGUACCAAGCAGAUAGUGGAAUACGAAGCAGACGAGCGCGGUUUCAAACCUCGUAUCUCAGUGGAGGCGGCAGAAACUGGACCUUACUGA